UCUUUGUAUUCAUGCAUGCAUACUAAUCCAUUCAGCAUCUUCUUCAUUCCUACUGUCGGCACAACGGACCAUUCACGUUCCAAGAGUGUGGGAUUUUGAGCGUUCUCUUUCGGAAGAAGACCUCAGUGUACAUGAAAGGCCCGCAUUCGAUGUGGGAGAACUCGUGUUUUUGGUAACACAAAAAGCGCGCGCAGUAGGAUUGCUGCUGGAGCGUAAUCCCAUUGCAGAUCCAAGAGUGGCGUUUGCAAGGAGCAGGCGUGCAAUUUUCAGUAAAAGCAAAGUAUUUCCAAAUCCUACCAUGUUCCUGGUAGAGGUCGCGUCUCCUUUGGCACAGUUGCUACACAUAGCGACGGAAGCAGCUUUCAAACAUAUGGAGUCGGUUGUUCUCAUCUUGUAUCGAGAGAGGAACGAUCCACAACCGAUGGUUAUCCUGCUGGGUGCACGCCAUCUUGAGGAUAGCGGUCAUCGUUACGACUGCUGCGUAGCUGUCGUAGGCGAACAAAUCUACGCAGUGGAACGCCAGGCGGAAGCCAGAGCGGAGGAAAUGCCGUUGCACUUGGAGCUAUUAGAAGCUGGACCACUUGCUCGUCACUUCCCAUCGCCAACAGUAGAGCCGUGGAUUACGAUACGUCGUAAGCCUAAUCUGACGCAUGAACAAAUUGUGCAGCUCUUGCAAGGUGAAUAG